AUGGCUGCACCCAGCGGCGGGUUCCAGCCUCGUGAGCGCCGCGAUGGGGACCAGGACCAGGACUGGGAGGUUGUGGCGCCCAAGCGGCCCCGGCUUGGGGCGGGAAGCAGGAUGGGAGGCCGCAGGCUGAUCGUGGUGCUGGAAGGGGCCAGUCUGGAGACAGUCAAGGCAGGGAAGACCUAUGAACUGCUAAACUGUGACAAGCACAAGUCUAUGCUGUUGAAGAAUGGACGGGACCCGGGGGAAGUGAGACCAGACAUAGCUCACCAGAGUUUACUGAUGCUGAUGGACAGUCCCUUGAACCGAGCUGGCUUGCUGCAGGUUUAUAUCCAUACACAGAAGAAUGUGCUGAUUGAAGUGAACCCCCAGACUCGAAUUCCCAGAACCUUUGACCGCUUUUGUGGCCUCAUGGUUCAGCUUUUACACAAACUCAGUGUUCGAGCAGCUGAUGGCCCCCAGAAGCUCUUGAAGGUAAUUAAAAAUCCAGUGUCAGAUCACUUCCCAGUUGGAUGUAUGAAAAUUGGCACUUCUUUUUCCAUCCCAGUCGUCAGUGAUGUGCGAGAGUUGGUCCCUAGCAGCGACCCUAUUGUUUUUGUGGUGGGGGCCUUUGCCCAUGGCAAGCUCAAUGUGGAGUAUACAGAGAAGAUGGUGUCCAUCAGCAACUACCCCCUUUCUGCUGCUCUAACCUGCGCAAAACUUACCACAGCCUUUGAGGAAGUAUGGAGGGUCAUUUGA